CAGGUGAAUAAAGUGAGAGAGCAGACCUCAGGAAGGUGCAGUAUCCAGAGGCUCUCUGUAACCUGCACGGCCUGUUACUAUGUAUCUGUGUAGAAGCCUGCUGAGUGUUUUCCUCCUGAGUCUCAUACCUGGAGGGAGAUCAGAGCCACAGUACGCUCUGAUCCUCCCAGCUGUAUUGAAGAGCGGGCAGACAGAGAAGGUCUGUGUCAACCUUGUGGGACAUGAGGAAGCCCUUUCCCUUGAUGUUGUGCUACAACUUAACGGGGUCAACACCACCAUAUUUGAUGAGGAUGUCCCAGCUACAAACUACUACCAGUGUAAUAAAUUCUCAGUUCCUAUUAUCCAAGACUCUGGACCCGUCUUUGUGAUAUUUUCUGCAGCUGGUGAGACUGUCAAAUUGCUGGGGCGCAAGUCAGUGGGGAUUGAUAAAAUGGAAGAUAUCUACAAGAUACAAAUGGACAAACCCAUAUACAAGCCUGGGAAUAAAGUGCUGUUUCGAAUUCUUUCACUAAACUCUGAAAUAAAACCAGUGAAAACCAAGUACCCUGUAAUCUAUCUGAAGGAUCCUUCAGGAAGUCGCAUUGCCCAGUGGUUGGAUCAGGAGUCUGAGCAUGGUAUUGUGUCACUGGAAAUCCAGUUAAUUCCUGAUGCCACUAUUGGUUACUACAGAAUCACAGCUGAGAGAGAAUCUGGGUAUCCAGUAUAUCAUGGGUUUUCUGUAGAGGAAAUUGUGUUACCCAGAUACAGCAUCUCUGUUUCUUCACCAAGCACCCUCAGUAUUUUAGACGAGACUCUGACGUUUAAUGUCACUGCCAUGUACACGUAUGGUCAACCAGUACCUGGCUCUGUCACAGUCAGAUGUUGCAGGAAUCCAGGUUUUCGUUAUGGCAGAAAGCAAAACUGCUACAGAAACAAGGAUGGCUUCUGCGCUAAUAUCACAGGGCAGUUGGGUCCAGAUGGGACUUUCAGGGGAGUAGUUGACCUCAGUCUCUUCAGUCUGGAGUUAUCAAAAUUUCAGACGAGCUUCAACCUGGACCUUGUUGUGACUGAGGAAGGAACAGGCAACCAAGUCAGAGAGACACGCUAUGUGUCAGUCACAAGCGAACUCGCAAGUGUCCAGUUUGACUAUGAGGCCAUGAAUCCACAUUACAGACGAGGGAUUCCUUAUACGGUUGUGGUGAUCUUAAAGGAUCAGAGUGAUCAGCCUAUGGCUAAUGAAGAGAUUGAGCUGGAAGUUGAUGUGAAUACAAUUAAACUAAUGACAGAUGCUGUUGGGAAGGCAAAAUAUGAAAUUGAUACGUCAAGCUUUGCAGCACCUAAUUUUACAAUCAAGGCUAAUUAUCUGAAUCCUGACCAAUGCUAUUACCCAUCCUGGAGAGACUACCCUGACUAUCCUACAGCUGAAUUCACAGUCCAGAGAUUCUAUUCCCAGAGUGGGAGCUUCGUGCAGGGACAGCCCCCCAAAGAGCGUCUGAAGUGUGGGCAGAGCUACAGCAUUGAUGUUAAAUACAUUCUGACCGCUGAAGGGGUUGGCGCAGAGGCAACUAAAGCCACCUUCUACUACCUGGUUAUGGCAAGGUCAGAGAUUGUUGCAAAUGGUCAGAAGGAUGUUGACGUGAGCGGCAGUAGGAACGGCACAGUGACUAUUGACCUUUCCGUAAGCUCAGACAUGGCCCCCAGCGCUACCAUCAUCAUAUACAGCAUUUUGGAGAAAGAGAUUAUUGUGGAAACUGUGAGCCUGAACAUAGAGACCUGUUUCAGAAAUCUGGUUUCUUUGAAUUUCUCUGAAGAACAAGGAGCUCCUUCCUCAAAUGUAGACCUGCUGUUCUCUGCGGCUCCUGAAUCUCUCUGCGCAUUCAGAGUUAUUGACGAGAGCCUCCGACUUCUCAGACCCUAUGAGCCGUUUACUGCAGAAAGUAUUUACAACUCCAUGCGUUACACCUCCCUCUAUGGGUACUAUGUCGGUGGGGUUAAUUUGGAGGACCCUGCACCCCCCUGUGAUGAUCCCAACAAACAAGUGUUUUAUAAUGGACAUUACUAUGUUCCAGUGAGCAGCUGGAAUGAAGGAGACUCAUACAGCAAAAUCAAAGCAAUCGGUUUAGUUUUUGGGACUGAGACCAGACUGAGGAAGCCUGUGGUUUGUGGAAUGGAAGAUCAAGACGUUAGACCAUUACUUAAGGAGAUUGCUUUAGAAUCUUCAGCCUCUGACAGACUAGGUUCCGUAGCAGGUGGAGGUGGUGGCUCUAUUGAAACUGUUCGGAAAAAUUUCUCAGAUAUUUGGUUUUGGGGGACGUCGUCAGCUGCCUCGGACGGCACCGGUAGUGUAACACUGGUGGUACCUGACUCUAUAACUUCCUGGGAAGGCUCCAUGUUCUGUGUAUCUGAUAAGGAAGGGUUUGGGAUGAUCCCAGAUCCAGCAAAAUUCACAUCCUUCUUGCCAUUCUUUGUGGAAUUAUCUUUGCCUUAUUCCAUUGUCAGAGGAGAGACCCUGGUACUCAGAGCCUUUGUACCAAACUACCUGGUGCAGUGCAUCAAGGUUCAUGUGACCAUGGAAAGUUCACCUGACUUUGAUGCCGAGCCCCAGGAUGUGCCACAGGAUGUCUGCAUUUGUCCCAGAGAGAGAGCCUCUUACACCUGGAAUCUGGUUCCUAAGAAAAUAGGUGAUGUCACUUUAAAGCUGAGUGCUGAGACCUCUCACAUUGGAGCAACAUGUGAUGGCCCCAGUGACUCUUCCCAGCCAUCCCGCAAGGACACCGUGAUACAGAAACUUCUUGUAGAGCCUGAGGGGAUCAAGAAAGAAGCCACUAGCAGCAACCUGAUCUGUGUACAAGACUCAAACUCCCAGACGCCAAUAACCUUAUCUGCUCCAGAAAGUGCAGUGCCAGAUUCCCAAUUGGCUUUUGUCACCGUUGUGCCCGACCCUCUGGGUCUCCCAUUACAGAAUCUUGAGAAUCUCAUCCAGAUGCCACACGGUUGUGCUGAGCAGAACCUUGCCCGUAUAGCAACCAUUGUAUAUGUGCUGGAAUAUCUCAACGCCACAGGACAGCUGACCCCUGAGAUACUUGAGAAAGGAAAGCGAUUCCUUGCAGAGGGAUAUAUACGGCAAUUAGGAUUUCGCUGGAACAACGGUUAUGUCACCUUUGCUGGAAUUGGUCAACAAGCAAAUUCUGGACUCACAGCAAACACCUUCAAGAUCUUUGAAAGAGCCAAGAAGUUUAUUUAUAUUGACAAGAACGUCCAAGAGCAAACUCUGCUCUAUCUGUCCGAGCUCCAGACAUUGGAAACCGGCUGCUUCAAGAGAAGAGGGGACCUGUUUAUGCCGCAGGGAGACAAGGAAGAUGACCUGAUCUAUACAAUACUGCUCACUAUUGCUCUGCUGGAGUCUGACUACAGCUCUGGGAAGACCAUGUUGGAAGGUGCCCUGGCAUGUGUGGUGGAAGCCUCAAAGUCCGAACAGAGCACCUAUAUCCAGACCAUGAUGCUUUACGUCUUCACAUUGGCUGAGAAGUCAAAUGAGAGGGACAACCUGCUGAACAUACUGAAACAAAAGGCUGUCACUCAAGCGGGCGCUGUGCACUGGGAGAGGCCAGACAGACAAGCUUCUCCUUACUUCUCCUCCUGGUUCACACCACUGGAAGUGGAAAUGUCUUCAUAUGUCCUGCUCAGCGUCGCCAAGGGACCCAAUGUCCUUGAAGCUGAUCUGACCUAUAUGGCUACAGUAGCAUUGUGGCUUGUCCGGCAACAGAAUUCAUAUGGAGGGUUCCGGACCACACAGGACACAACAGUGGCGCUACAGGCUCUCUCUGCUUACGCUGCACUCAUAUUUACCCCCAAUGCUCAGCACAAUGUGAUUGUGAAACAAGGAAAUGGUCAGCUUUACCAGCUAUCUCUGAAUCAGGACAACAGGCUGCUGGUCCAAAGACAGCCCUUACCUACCGUCCCUGGGGAGUAUAGUGUUGAUGUCAGUGGGAACGGAUGCUGCUUGGUGCAGAGCACUUUGAGAUACUACCUCCCUGUGUCCCAACAAAACGCUGCCUUCUCCUUAUCUGUAAACUCAUCCGCUGAGAGUUGUGUAAACGGUGUGGCGUAUACUUUUACUAUUGGCAUCUCCGUCAGCUAUCAAGGAAGUAGAGAACAAUCAAACAUGGCGAUUAUUGACCUUAAAAUGCAGUCUGGAUACACCCCAGACUACUCCUCUCUCAGAGAACUGGUGAAUUCCAAAGUGGUCUCCAAAACUGAAUCUCAGAAUGGUCAUGUGAUCCUGUACCUGAACUCUGUUUCUAAGCAGCCGAUCUCCAUGUCCUUGAAGGUCGAGAUGGGUAAUCGUGUCCUCAAUGUGCAAGAAGCUACAGUCUUGGUGUAUGAUUACUAUGAGCCAGAUGAAAACGGUGCAGCCAAAUACAGACAUCCCUGUGUAGCUCAGGACUAAGGAAUUGUCGUCCGGGAUACUAAAGUAUGCUGCUAACAGAACACUGACUCACUGGUCUACAGGAGACAAUAAUGGAACUGCACUGAAGCCUCUGAUAUGGAACACUUGAACAUGAUCUGCACAAUGCUACAUCUGUUCACUUUAUGUGCCGAGUCCAUAUGAUCCCUUCCUGCCUGUGCUCCGUAUAUUCAUUUGCCGUGUCUGCGCAAUUUGUCUCCAUUUACCAUCUGUCAGUCUGAUCCAAAGGAAAAUAAACUUUUUUUUUAACAAAA